CACCUCUUUCCUGACUUUUAUAUUCAUUCCUUAUUUUUCAAUGCAUUAUUAAUAGCAUAUUUCUAAAUCAUAUUUUUUAAUCUUUUAAAUAUAAAUUAUUUUUAAUAUAUUAAUGAGUUAGAAAGAGAACAACAAAGAGGAUAAAACGAGAAGGAAGUUCAGAUGGCGAUAGGAGUUAACUUACUUAUUUCAUGUGCAUUCUAUUUUGGCCAACACUGACAUCAAAGGUGCCGACAGAGAGUUGCGUUACUAUAUAUACUGUGUACAUACAUUCGUUGUACUUAAAAUGAAAUAGAUAUAUUUGAAAUGUAAUAAAAGCAAGAUAAAAAGUUUUAAUGCGGCUUAAUUGAGUCCAGUGCAAGGGUAUAUUAUGGAAAUUAGUAUCAAUUAAUUAGGAAAUCAUGAAAGAAAGACAUGGCUGAACAUAGCAAUGAUCUUUAUGAACAACAGCUUUUUGCAGUAUUUGAGAGCUGUUUAACAAGAGGGAAGGAUGAACUUGACGAAGAUGAUCUCUUCUCUGUUUGCAACAAGUUACAACUCGAUGGAUUGAUCGAAGAAUUAAAAUUAUGCAUUUGCAAACAUCAUCCAAAUAAACAAACGAUAUCCUUUCAAGAAUUUCGAGAUGGCUUAUUACUCUUUCUGAAAAAAUUUCAAGGAUUCAUAACUGAUAAACAGCAUAUUGUACAACCAUACCAUAGUUUAAAUACAUGUAAUUUUGAUAUUGAGAAGAAUCAAGCUUUGUCGCUAUUGGCCGAUAGUGCUUCGAGGACUAAUUUUCCAGAUAUGAAAGCUAAUGUCACAACAGAUGAAACUAAAUUGAUACGCUUAUGGGAGAAAAUUAAAGUUUAUUUAAGAGAAAAUACAGAUCCUGUAACAAUGCAAUUUAUAUCAAGUUGUUUAGAGAUUCCAGAGCUUCCGAAGCAAAUAACAGAAUCUAUCUUUGAAAGACUCGAUCAUAAUUGCGAUGGAUUGAUAAGCUUCGAUGAAUUUGUGAUUAUAUUUCAAAAGAGGAAAAAUAUAAAGGUUCUGCAAGAGGAUAAUGCAUCUUGUAACAGUGUUGUAAACUACGAUGUAAGCACAUUAAAUUUUAAUACAUGUGUAUCUCAUAAAAUUAAUCUACGGCAGACUAGUAGAGACUCUGAUGCAGAAGAAAAGAUCGCUGGAGUUUCUAACGUAACUAUGGUAUCAUCCGAUCACAGAGAUCAUGAUGCUUUGGAUACAAGCCUCGCAGAAAUAACAAAUAUCAUAUGUGACGAACUUAAAAGUUUGAAUGAAUCAUUACAUAAUAGUACUAUUCAAACUCAUAUUACUUUAUUACGAGAAAUGAUGAUCGCUCAUCAAGAUGAACAACGUAAUCUAAUUGCUAUAAUAGACAACAUGAAAGUGGAAAGAGAGAAGAUGCGGUUCGAUAUGUUGGAGGCUAAUGAAAGAGCAAAUUUAUUGGCGCAAGAGAUCGAUGAAUAUCACGUUCAAUUAGAAAAGACAAAGAAAGAUUUACAAAGACAGAACGAACAGCGUUACGUUGAAAUCACGAAAGAAUUUUCCGAUCAGCUUAAUAUCGAACGGGAGAUGAACGCUACGGCUCUUAAAUCAAAAGACAAUCAGUUACAGAUGCUACAGAAAGAGAAUCACGAGAUGAAAAAUAAAGUUGUAAAUAUUUUGCAAGAGAAUCAAAUACUCGAAGCGGAGAAUAAAAUUCUUCUUAGUCAGAUUGAAAAGUUACGGCAAUCCAACAAUGAUUUGCUAACGCAGAUAAAGAUAUUAGAUGCGGAGCAUGACGAGAUACAAAGCAUAGAAGCGAAACAACAAGAGCAAGUCAAUUUCUUUGUCGAUCGCAUUAAACAGCUGCAAUCCGAAGUGACAUUUCUGCGAGAUCAAAAUGACGAACUCUGCGCGGAAUUGGAAGAUUUAAAAUGUCACGGUAAAGAUAUGAAAUACGAGACAUCCUCAUCUCUAGCAUAUGAUUUACAGAUAGAUGAAAGCCGAGAUAAAGAACACGCGACGCAAGAAUUUAAAACCGAUGGACAAAUUAAUGAGAAGGUCACGUUUGAUUUUGAUACCGACAAAGAACAGAUCGAUAUAUCUAAUUCUGACACAAUGGAAUACAAAAGACUCAGAGACACGAUUAUAAAAGAUUUGGAAAAGAUAUUAUCGACAAGUGCAAAAUGUCUACCAGAAUGUGUCUUCAGAGAUGAUUUAUCGAGAUUAAUCACUGAGCUGCGAUCUAAUUUUACAUUACAUUGUCCCGCACGAGAUUUCGGGAAAAGUAUAGCGUCUGAGCUUGAAAUGGAAUGUGAGGAACGAGCUAACGAGUCUUUACGAGAUUUGGUCAUUUCAAAAAUAUCGAAGCCUCUUUCCGUGAAGCGUACAACAAUGUCAAGUAGCACGGAAAAUUUGAAUGAUCUCACUAGCCAAGAUUCAAAAAAUAUAACGCAAAAGAUAACAAGUCUUAGAGAUUAUCCACCACGUAAAGAAGAGCAUCUUAUGGAUCAAUGCAAAUCUAACAAGGAGAGAAACAAUUUUUUAAAUGUUACCGAAGUUGAGAGUGUUGCAAAGAUCGUGACAACGAACGUAGAAUUAUUAGACAUUGAGAGGAAACAAUUGAACGAACGUUGUCAAGAACUCGAACGAAGUUUAGAUUUAUUAAAAACGGAAUACGAAGAGUGCGAAGAUUAUUGGGCCGCUAAAUUGGAAGAGGAGAGAUUGCUCUUUGAACAAGAACAAAAAAUAAGUGAUGACAAACUUGCCGAGCUUAUUAAUAAAAUAACCGAAUAUGAAGAAUUGAUUAGUCCUUCGGAUAAAUCGAAAAAUAAUGGACGAUUAUCUCCUAUAGAGGAAAAGUUUAAUUUAGAACAACAGUACAUAGACCUCGAGGAAGAAUUCGAAAAAUGGAAGAUUAAAACUGAAAACGAUAUCUCUCAGAAAAAUCUAGAAAUUAGAGAUCUUCGUGAAAAAUUAAAACUGAUGGGACAGCCAGUUACGAAUGAUUCUUGCGUGCAAGUUCCGGACGAAAUGUUCUCAACAACACUUUCUACGGAUUCCUCGCAUUGCAAAUCUUCCAGUAUGUCUAGUAUUCCAUCAACAAAUGAAAUAUCUGUAAACAUGGAUUUAUGUGGCACGAAUAAUCAAACGUGCCACAUUUCGAUGGAAAUUCCAUUAUCCAAUGAUCUUAAUAGACUUUUGAAACAAGAAGAUCAUAUCGAUGAUCAUAAUUUCUACAAUACUCAUAGCGAGUAUUCUGUGAAAGGAAUCAAAGGUAUAAAUAAAGAUUACAGGAUAAAAGAUCAGAAUAGCUUAAUUGAAGCUAAAAAUAUGUUAUUAGCGACGAGAGAGGAAGAUAAGUGCGACUCGGAAUUGAAAACGAUACAUGACGAAAUUAAAGAAACUAGUUGUAUGUGCUCACAGAACAAUGCUCAACAGCAAAUAGGUUGCGUCAAUAUAAAUAUUUUGCAAAACUUAAAAAUGAAACUUUACACACAAGAACGUAAGAAACGACAUUUACAACGUUACAUUAAACAACAACGACAGUACAUCGAGAAACUAUUGCAGCGUAUUAUGAUGCAGCAUCAGACAGAAGUAUGUGAAUUACAGUGCCUUAUUCGUAAUACUCAAGAAAGACUUAGGAUACAAAUUGAAACAACUAUCGAUCAGGCAAAUAAAUUAGCCAAUGCUGACGUCUUGGUGAAGGAUUUGUAUAUAGAAAAUGCAUAUUUAACGUCACAUAUGAAGCGCUUGCAAGAACGAUGUCUCAUCUUAAGAGGUCUUGAUGUAGGAUCGACUUCAAUGUGAUACCAACAAAUAGUUGUUAUUUAUAAUUUGUAAUAAAUUAAUGCCAUUUUGUAUGUACUAAAUAAUUAUUUUAUUUAGAUUAUUUAUUUUAUGUAAGGUUAUGUAAAAUUAAAGAUAUAAAAUAAAAUGAGUGAGAGGGAGAGAAGAGAAGGAAAGUGUGUAAAAGACUGCGAUGUGACUCAGGGAUGCGACAGUUAGAAAAUAUAGAGUAUAGUGUAGUGUGUGGGUGCCUUCAGUUUUUAAUUUUACUUGAAAGUAAGAAACUUAGCUUUAAUGUAUAUCAAUAUAUCAGAAUUAAUGGUUAAUCUAUGAUCUAGAAAGGGUUGUAUUUUAAUGUAAAAGAAUGUAAAUGUGAAGUUAAUUUAGGUGAUUUAUUUUUCUCGUUAAUUAUAGCAGCACAAUGAUUCUCUGUGAUUCCAUCUUACAAAUGGAUACAUGAGAAGCAAUAUACACGAAGCAAUAUAUAUAUAUGCAAAUUUAAGCAUAUAUAUAUACAAUUAAAAUCGGAAUGUGUGCAUCGCGUGCACAUAUUGCGCAUAAAUGUAAAGAAUAUAUUUUAUGCCUAUAUUAUAAUGCUCAUAAAUGACUAGCAGUUAUCGGAAUA